AGACCAAACUCAGGGCAGCAGUCUGUUCUGAGGGCAGGAGCAUACCUUCUGAGCACACUUCUGUGCCUCUGCUACACUCUGAUACAAAGUGAUUAGCAUAACCAAGCCCCUUGCUCCUGGCCAGCUUGUACCCUGCUGCCACAAACUCAUAGCAUGACUAAAGAUGGCAGAAGAGGAUGCAAAGCAUGAACCUUUCUCUAUUUUUUUUAAAGGCUGUGGAUUCCUGAUGUUUUAUCAAAUGGGAGUGAUGAAAGCUCUACAAGAACUGGCACCUGAGAUACUGAGAUCAGCAUCCAAGAUCUAUGGGACAUCCUCCGGCGCACUUAUAGCCACAUUAGUGACUUGUGGGUGUGAAAUAGAUGCAGUGGUUGGUUACAUGACUGACACUGUGAAAAAUAUGGAGGGUUCAAUCCUCCGGUACCUGUAUCCAAAUAAUGGAGUAAUCCUGAAUAUACAGAAGGCGUUAGAAAAAUGUCUGCCAGAUAACGCUCACCAGCUGGCUUCACGGAGGCUGCACAUUUUUCUUACUCAAGUAUCAGGUCUCCAAAAUGUUGUGGUAUCAGAGUUCAGCUCCAAAGAGGAGAUCAUUCAGGCAGUGUCCUGCAGCUGCUUCAUUCCUGUCUAUAAUGGGUACAUCCCUCCCUCUUUCCAGGGUGUGCGCUAUAUUGAUGGAGCCUUCAGUAGCCCAAAGGCUUUGUUCCACAAGACCAUGAUUACAGUGUCUGGGUUUGCAUUUGACAAUGACAUCUGCCCAAGGGAUAAUCCAGGCACUUACCUCAGUGUGUAUAUGUUGCAGCAGCUAUUUCAAAUGUCACCAGAAAACUUAAAAAGAAUGGUCUAUUGUUUUUUUCCACCCAGCCGUCUGGUGGUGCAUGAGUUUAUUUUACAAGGGUAUCAUGACGCCGGCUUCUACUUGGAAAGAAAUCGAGAGUUUGGGAUAGAUUAUCUUGCCAGGAACGCAACACUCCCUUUAGCCAGUGAGUCCCAUAAGAAAUGCUUGUCCCAGACCAGUGGAGGGUCUUGGAACCAGAACCCAUCAACAAGGAUCCUCACUUCCACUGAUGCAGCUUUCAAGGACCUCACCACUCACGGAGCGAUGAGCAUGGCGGAGAAUGAAACAGAGGGGAAAACGCAGCAGUUGCCCCUAUACUGACACCAAGGAAGAGGAUAAUCAAGAUCGCUUUUAUUCCUCUGGUUCUUGCCAGUCAAGUAACAGUGACAUUAGGAUCCAUGUGAGCACAAGUCCCAGUGAAGGUCAGGGUCAGUGUGUGCUCCCAACUUCAUUAGGGCAGCCUUGGCAAUGUUCUCUUGGGAUCGUUGCCUCUUAACACCUGAUUUUCCUGAUCAAGGAUGUGCUCGAAGCCACAGCCCCCUAUUAUACACCCUAUGUUUGAAAGGAGACAUUGGGGUCAGCAGAGCUGUCCAAUCUAUGUCCAUUGGCACACACACUUGUAAUGUUAAUGCUCUUUCUGCUUACAAAGCCUUGGUCAUAAUUUUUUUUUAACUUUUCUAUUUUAUCAAGAAAGAGAAAUUAAUCUUCACUAGGGCUUAGCAGAUACAAUUUGUUCCUGAUAUUUCAUAACUGCUGGAGAACACACACUUCUAAUGUAAACGCUCUUUCUACUCACAAGCCCUUGGACCUCUAUGAACGUACUUCAUCUCUCUGCAUCUCCUUGCCUGACUAUGAAUGUACGGCAUUUUAGUUAGACCAGUAUGCAAGCAGCAUGGACACUUCUCUCAUUUGAUGCCUAGCUCAUCUGUACUUAUAUUCAACCUCUUCUUAAUAAAUUUAAAUGAAACCAGUGUGAGCCAGGUUGUAACCAAGAUU